AGGAACCCGGGACAUCCCAGUUGCAGAGGAAGGUCAGGACCCAGUCUCCACCCAGCCCACUUGGCCUCACACCCGUCACCCUGUGCCAGGCUCAGCCUUGGCCUGUCUUGCUUCACUUCAUACCUCUCAUUCCUUAUCCCCGCUGGGGGGACAGGGGAGGAGGCACCUGUGGGCAGCAUGGAGGAGCCUGGCACAGGGAGGAGGAUGGGGAUUGCAUCUCAGCACAGUGAUGUCCCGUGUGACUGCCUGGGUGUAGAAUGGGCCCCUUGGAACUGAGCCCCAGCCACCCCCGCCAGAAGAGAACCGGAGCUGUCCCAGCUGUGGCCUCGGGGUGGGAAAUGAGACCAUCUCUGCCAGGACAGGUGCUCAGCGUUGGCUUGGGGUGGGGACCCGGAGGUUUCUAAUCUGUCAUAAUUAGUAGAGCCGGUGACGGUUCUGAUAACUCUGAGCUGCUUAGAUUAUCAGAGGAUCAUGUCCUGGGCUUGUGAUUUAUCCCACUUAGGGCCCCUUUGGCAGCAAGAUCAAGCUUUUUGCUGAGAGUCAAAGAUCAACCCAAUAAGGGGAGAAAUUCAAGUUCAGGAAGUUGGAAGUUUGGACGAGAACAAUCCCUGGUUGCCUCAACCUGGGCCUUGGACACCAAGGGCAUUCACCAGGUACUGAGCAGUUCAUACUUGCAAGGAGCUUUGAUCUGUGGUCACAAUUCUUAACAGAACCUACGAAAUGAGGAGUAAUAGUUCUAGUUCAUGGAAGCAGAAACAAGCUCAAGGGGCUCCGACUUCAUGCCCGUGUCGCUUUGGUAAAGGAUAGGACCUGGUUUGAAUCCCGGUUGGUUGGAUUCCAGAGCCAUGGGUUCCCCCAGAUUUCCCAUUCCCUCAUUCAACCUUACUCUUCCUUGGAGACUCAACCCCGAGGUCUUUGCGUUUCUUGAGCUGUUCUCACCAGCAUUCAGGGAGGGUGGCUCAGCUGCCUUGAUCCUUCCCCACCGAAAGGUGCAGGGGACCUCUCUGUGUUCAGUCUCGGUCUCUUGCCUCUCAGCCGCUCCCUCUUUCCUUGCCCCUCUUACUCCAUUCUUUGGCCCCCGAUGAAAGCUGAGUCAGAAGCCGACGCUUCCCCUUGGCUCCCAGUGCCUCCCAUGGGAGCCCCUCCUUGGCGGCGUGUCCGUUAGUCACUCCCGGGUAAGUCCUCUCCCCCCACCCUCGAGGGGCGGGGAGCCCAGGGCAGCCCAGAGGCCAGGGGGGAGGGGGUGGACUUUUGGCCCGUUUCGUUUAUUCCCUCCAUCUCGUCAACAGCUGCCGUGCGCGCUUGGCUCAUUCCUCUGACGGACCUGCGGGGAAGCGAAGAGACCAGGGGAGAGGGCAGGAGACAAACCAGAGCCGGACCUGGGCCACGGAAGAGGCCGAGGCUGCAGCCUGCCUCCCUGUCUUUCCCUAGCCUGCCUGAACCACCCUCCUUGGCCAAAGCCCCCUCAGAUCCCCCGGGGCCCAGCCCCUCCCCCUCUCUGGGGCCGCGGGCUCCCCUUGGGGCCUGUGUCCCACCAUGCCGGUGGCUGUGGAGAUCUUCGGCUUCUUCCUCACAGCCGUGGGGCUGCUGAUGCUGGGGGUGACUCUGGCACACAGCAGCUGGCGAGUGUCCACCGUGCAUGGGAAUGUCAUCACCACCAACACCAUCUUCGAGAACCUCUGGUACAGCUGUGCCACCGACUCCAUGGGAGUCCACAACUGCUGGGAGUUCCCGUCCAUGCUGGCCCUCUCCGGGUACAUCCAGGCCUGCCGGGCGCUCAUGAUCACCGCCAUCCUCCUGGGCUUCCUGGGCCUCUUCCUAGGCAUGGUGGGACUGCGCUGCACGAACAUUGGGGGCCUGGAGCUCUCCAGAAAAACCAAGCUGGCGGCCACUGCAGGAGCCCUACACAUCCUGGCUGGUAUCUGCGGGAUGGUGGCCGUCUCCUGGUACGCCUUCAACAUCACCAGGGACUUCUUCGACCCCUUGUACGCCGGAACCAAGUACGAGCUGGGCCCUGCCCUCUACUUGGGCUGGAGCGCCUGCCUGCUUGCCAUCCUGGGCGGCAUCUGCCUCUUCUCCAACUGCUGCUGCUCUCGGGACCGGGACCCCGCCACCGGGUUCUCUCCUCCGCCAGCGUCCAGCUUCCCUAUAAGGCCCCCGUGAUACCGGCCGCCAGCCUCACUGCCCGCCUGCCCGCCGCAGCGUCGGAUGAAGAGGGCGACGGCAGCUUUGGCAAGUACGGGAAGAACGCUUACGUGUAGACAGCCGGGCCUGUGGACCCAUUCCCUUUCCACUGCCCCCAGUGGAGAGGGAUCCCUGGAAUACCGGGGCUGCGGGCGCGGGCCCCUGCUCCAGGUUAUCAAAUUCAGGGCCAAGCCACGCUUCAGGCUCCGCCCCCUGCCCGGAAGCCACACCCAGCUCUGGCCUCAGGCCCUGCCUUCUCAUGGGAGCUCCGCCCUGGCUACGCCUCUUUCCUCUGGUUCUCCAGAUCCUCUGCGGCCAACAAUCGGCCUCCUGAGAACUCAUCUCUGGCCUCUGAGGCUGGGCUCUCUUAACCUUCUGAGUCUAGGUUCCGGGCCGUUAAGCGGGUGGAGGCGUCCCCGAGUGUUUGCAGUCUGUAUAAAUUCAUGCAUAAAUAAACUUGUGAACUGUU